AUGCGCUCACUUGUCGGACUCCUCUGUGUUAUCACUGCAGCCAGCUUGUACCUGUACUCACUGUCCCUCUACCUUCCUGCGGGACCCCGACGACGACCUCGUCCCACCGCCGAGGGGAAACAUGUGGAAACAUCGGAGUCCGAGCAGCCCGCUGACAGCUCUGAAGAAGACAGCAGGUUGAAGUUCCCUUCAGACUUGGAGGAGCUGAGGGAACUGGCCGAGCUCCUGCAGUUUUACAAGACAGAGCACACUGGAUAUGUCCUGCUACUCUUCUGUAGUGCAUAUCUCUACAAGCAGUCCUUUGCCAUUCCUGGAUCCUCGUUCCUGAACAUUCUCGCAGGAGCUAUAUUUGGACCAUAUGAAGGACUGCUUCUUGCCUGUGUUCUCACCACCGUGGGCUCCACCAUGUGCUACCUCCUGUCUCGGGCCUUCGGGAAACGCUACAUUGUUAACCUAUUCCCUGAUAAAGUGUCCAUGCUGCAGAGGAAGGUUGAGGAGAACCAGGACUGUUUGUUCUUCUUUCUGCUCUUCCUGAGAUUCUUUCCCAUGACACCCAACUGGUUUCUGAACAUGUCUGCCCCGAUUGUCAACAUCCCCAUCACCUUCUUCUUCUGCUCAGUCUUCAUUGGCCUCCUGCCAUACAACUUCAUCUGUGUCCAGACAGGCGUCAUGCUGUCUGAGGUGUCUUCGCUGGAUGAUUUGUUCUCCUGGGAGCGGCUGCUGCAGCUGCUGGCCAUCGCCUGCAUGGCUCUGCUGCCCGGCGCCCUCAUCCGCCACUUCAGUCAGAGGCGUCUCAAACUGGACGUGCAGCCGCAGAACGGCCUCAUCCCAGAUAAGAAAGUCCAGUGAUUUGUUCUGGGAUUGAGUUUGUUCCCUGGCGCUUUGAUGCCCCUCGUGUGGCGACUCUACAGAAAACCUUUUGUGCGCACACAUGUGAAAAAAGGUUUAUUUUUAACUGGUGUGCUCUACAUUUCUGCAGCCACCUGGCGAUGUAAUUGCAGCUUUUAGAAAAAUAAAGCUGGCAGUUCAGUAUGGCACAGUGGGAUUUGAAGCCAAGUAUUUUGUGUUACCAAACACUGGUGUUUCUGUGCCACAGCAUGCACAGUAUAUGUAUAUAGAUGUAUGAAUGUACAGUAAUCAUACGGAUUGAGUGAAGGAUUUUAAGGUAAUGUUGCUCUUGCACUCGUGGUACAGUAAUAGUCCUGCUUCAGUGUAAACAGCCGGUGUUUUAAGUGCCUGUCAUGCAGUCAAAUGUCUACCUCCAACAUGGAAAUGUAAAUAUAAUGGUUCAGAUGAUUAGGGAUUGUUUGUGUUUGUGAAACACUAACUGUUUGCAGCAUAUAUUGUACAACCUGAAGUUGUAUUUUUGUUGUUUGACAAUCACAUUUUGCAGUUUGGAGGACAAUUUGUACUAUUUUUCAAUGUGUUUAAAUUGUGUAAUUUAGAGACCAGAGUUUGACCUCAAGAGUGCCGCGGUCGGGAAUAAUUGUAGGUAAUCGAUUAAAUUACAUUAGGACUUUUGUGAAUAAGUGUCCAUGUCUCUUUUACUGUGUCAGGAUCUCUAAUCAGUCAGUGUGAGGCCUCUGUUAAAUUGAGCCUUAAUAUUGAUUUGAAAUCUUUCUCUUUGCUGCCUCUUUGUACGGUCCAUGUGUCUUUUGUACAGUUCUGGUCCAACAGCAUAUACCCUGCACAAAGUGUUAUUUUAAAACUCUUUAUGUUGGUUAAUAUUUUAAAUGAUAUGUCAGCUUUCUGUUUCCUUAAAGAUGUAAUUCACAAUUUGGCUGGUAUAUUUGUGGUAUGUCAGGUCACAAAUGAUGUGGCACCUUUUUUAUUUCAGAGGUGAAAAAAAACUUUGAAAUAAUAAAACAAAGGUGAAGUAC